UCAAGAAAUUCAUUGGAUAACCGAAAACCGGAAAACAUAUUAUUGUAUCUACUUGAAAAUGUCUGCUCAAAAUUUUACAAAGCUUUUCGAGUUCUUUUCGUUAAUUGGACAGCUAAAGCGUGUGCAGAGGACAGGAUGGGUUUUGCGUCAAGUGAACGCCCCGGAAAGUGUGGCAGACCACAUGUACCGGAUGUCCGUCCUAUCUCUCCUCGCUGACACAUCCUCGGGACUCAACAAAGAAAAAUGUGUGAAAAUGUCGCUGGUUCAUGACGUGGCUGAGUCAAUUGUUGGAGAUAUUGCCCCGGCUGACUGUAUCGAUAAAGUGGAGAAAUCCAGGAGAGAAAAGACAGCCAUGAGCCACAUAACGAGCCUGAUACCGGAGGAGGUGGGGCAGGAAAUGAUGCAGCUAUGGAUGGAGUAUGAGGACCAGUCCAGUGCAGAGGCUAGAUUUGUCAAAGAUAUUGACAAGUUUGAGAUGGUCCUUCAAGCUUAUGAGUACGAGCAGCUCGAGGAAAAGCCAGGUCACCUGCAGGAAUUCUUCGACUCAACAGAUGGAAAGUUCCAGACAGACACAGUCCAGGGCUGGGUGUCCGAGUUACGGAAGAUCCGGGGUCAGACGUCCCCCAACCCCCAUUUCUCCUCCCCCCACCUCGCGCGAGGCCGGUCACACAAUACCAAGGAUUCCGCCACUGUCCAUCCUUUCAGCGUGGAUCACAAGGAGAAAGACAGCUAGUGACUAUCUAGAGCCUAUUUGACUUUGUUUUAUAAUUAUUAUUAUUAUAUGCGCCUUAUAAAUAAGUGUUUGUUAAAGAGACAUUUUUCAGGUUCCAUGGUGUCAGAUGCCAUGGUAACAAAAAGUCUCAAGUCCAAGUCCAAGUUUCAGACUCAGUCUCUAGAAUGAAAGCUACAAUGAAAUGAUGUUUGCAGUUUUGCCACGUGAGUCUGAAUUCAGACUUGAGACUUUUCAUAACCCUGGCCCCAGAUAUUGAAGUUUUAUGUCAUGAAAAUAUCUGUAACAAUAAUAAAAUGUCUGUCAGUUAGUAUUAUUAUUCAUAGAUCUUUUUAAAUGUGUCAGAAAUUGGGAACAAUUCAUUUUGCCAAAAAGGGUUUAUAAUGUGCUUGUAACUUGAAUUUUUUAAGCUUAAAUUUACAAAAAUCCUGUUCAGGUAAAUGACCACCUUGGCCCAAUUUCUAGAAUGCUUAUCAGUCCCUUAUAACAGGGUCAAACAAAGCCCACUAUUUUGUUUUGGAAUAUAUUUUGUAAGAUUCUCCCUUAAAGAGUUUUGAGACUAUUGACGAAAAUCAUAUUUAAGAUUAUCGCAAUAAACAUUGUUUUUGUUUGUAGUAAACUUAGUUAAAAGAAAUGAAUUAUUUUAGCAUGUUUCACUUUUUCAAGAAAUUGGAGCCUGGAAAAUAUCUUAAGUCUCUUAUAACAGGAUUAAACAAAGCUCACUAUUUAUGUUUGGGUAUAAUUUGUUUGAUAUUUACCUUAUUAAGAGUGUUUGCGGUCAAAAUGGAAAUAUAUUAUUGAGAAUCAUGAUAAACAAUUUUUUCUUCAGUAAAAUCAAGGUGAAAUAAGAAAUUUGGCUUGUUAAGCUUUAAAACUAUCUAAAAAAUUAGGGCCUGUUGUUGCAUGGUCUUUAUUCAAAUUAAUUAAAGAAAUUACCUAGAAUUGUUCAUGUCCAAUCAAUAACUUAAGAAACCUUUGUCCAAUCAUCACCAAAUUUGGUCAGAAUGAGAAUAGGCAGAAUAUCUCAGUCAGGUUUGAUAACCAGCCAUGAACCUCAGUCACUCCAGAGUUAUGACCCCUGAAUUUGCAAAAACUGUAUUAACAGUGUCGGUUCUUUAAAAUUGGCUUAAUGAACAAACAGUUAUCACCAUACUUGGUGUCUUUAAAGUAAGACUGGUUUAAUUUGUGAUUGUUCGCUUGUAUUAAAAGUUCAGUUUACACAAAUCCUAUGCAGAUUACUGACUACCUCUUGUUGCUUGGUGCUUAUCCAAACACUUUCGGGGAUAGAUACAAUAUUUUAUUUGUGAGAGCCCCUUUAUCAUUUAGUUAUCAAAUAAAGUUCAGAUUACCAGCUCCAUUUGAUAAAAUUGUAUUAAGGAACAUAAAUUGGCUUACUUUACAAAAUAUGUAUAUCUGAGGGGCCCAGCCAGUUAAACAUCAACCAAUCCACCUGAUUAAAAAUCUGCUGCUUGUUUGACUAGCGGCAGUCAAUAAAAUUUCUACAAUAUUGUUAUCCCACUGGACAAAAUGUUAUUUCAAACAUUUGUAAAUAUGUUGUUUUUGAAUCCUGAAUGAUUUUUAAUUGUGUUUUAUGAUUCAUUGAUGUGUAUGCAUUGUAAAAUGUUGUAAAUACCUUGUUUAUUAAUCAUUAAAGUCCCAUUAGCUGAUUCAUUUAUCUAUUAAAUAUACUCUCGCUCUGCUGACAGGGGCUGUACUGCACCAUGAUAGAGGAAACGUAAGGUUUUAUUAAAAGAUGCACUCUCUCCCAAAUAAGCAGUACCACAAUCAAUACAAGUGCUUUAAUUUGCCGAGAAAGAUGAAUAAAUAUUGAAAACAAUGGUUCUUAUGGAGGAUACUGUGUUUGAUUAUAAAGAAAGGUGCAGAAAACACAGUAUUUAAACCUUAAGGAACGAGCGUUGAUCUCAGUAAAUCUUACACAGCCCACCAAUCAUUUAAUAUUUAUGCAUUUUCAGCUAUUAAAUACAUGGUUACAAUCUUGUUAUCAGUAAUUUAAAUUUUCCAUAAAUGCAUUAUAUUGUAAGUAGUUUAAGUUUUAUCACUCGAAAGAUUAUACUUGUUAUGUUGGUUAUAAAUACGAGUAUUACUUGUACACACAAAAGUAGUGGUGGAUUUUGUCAACAUUGCAGCGAAAGUUUUCAACAGUAAUAUUCUAUUGGUUAGUUGAACAUCUUUUUUAACAAAGUUAUUUUUUGUUUACAAUUCAAGAGACGCAAAUGCAGCAAGUGACACAUUUUUUUGUUUGUAAAAAUAAACAAAUAGAUAGACAAUUAAACAAGACUGACAGAAUGUGAAGCUUGUUUUGAAUGCAUUUUAAAAAAAAUGUAAAUAUUAUUUUCAUUGUAUCAUUAAUAUUGUUAUUGAUAUUUCGCAGGUAACAUGGUUUAUAUUUUUAUACUUGUAUGAUAUGUGCAUACCAUGUUAGGAAAUAUAAAAAUGCUUUUGAGAUUUUAUUGACAAGACACAAUUGCAUGUGUGUUUUUAUAAGCUUGUUUAGUAAAAGAAACUGAGUAGAAAACAACAUACAAGUGUUUGCAUAGAUCAGCAAGCUGUAUUCUUGUUUAGCUUCAAGUAGUUUGGGUCACAGGUGGCAGUAUCAGUCAGUGGUAGUGUAUAAAAAGGGUCACAGGUGGCAGUAUCAGUCAGUGGUAGUGAAUAAAAAACAAAUGUAUAUUAUUUUAUACAUAAUUAUGCUUAUAAAUACAUGUUCUUUCCACUACUAUGAUUUAAUUGUAUUUAAACAAGUUUACAUUUAACAAAAUUUAAAUACAACGAAUAUAGCAAAAUAUAUUCCCUUAGGUCAGUUAAAGACACAGACUUAGAAUACAGAAUACUCAAAUGUUCAAAAAUAUUUAUAAUGUUACUUAUGUUGACAAAAGACGUAUGCCUGAUGAUAGAAUCAAUUUUAACCAUCUUUGCUCUUGUAAUUACAUUUUUACAACAAAAUUAAGAUAUUGCUCUGCCGAAUCUGAGUCUCAAACUUAGGCUCAAGAAGUAAGUGAAAAUGGGCCGUUGGGCCAUGAUAAGAAACAGUCUCACGUCCGAGUCUAGACUCACUUCUAUCAAAUUACAAAAAAGAUCUUUUUCGUUCCACUCAUUUGGCAAAAAUAAAUAUUAUAAAUUGUACAUCUCAAAUGUUAAAAUAAUCAUCAAAAUUAUUCAUCAAUACUUACCUAAAAGGAAAGUUACAUGUACAACUUGAACAAACUUGAAGAUUUGCAGUUUUGCCAUUUGAGUCUAAACUCAGAUUUGAGAUCGUUCAUAAACAUAGCCGCAGGUCUGUUAGAUAGUUUUGAAAAAAAUGACAUUUUGAGUUGUAAUGUCAUAUGAUAACUACUUUACUGCAUCCUUUCAUACACAAACUGAUACUGCCACUACAGAUACUGAUACUGUGGUUUUGAUAAAAUUUGCCUUCAAAAAACAUGUAUUUGUAUUUGUAUAAAGUCAUGUAGAGUAUACAACACUUGGUGUCAAAGAUUAUCUCAUGAAGUGUGGUACCCUGUUUCAAGUUAUAACACUUAUUGUUUGUUGUCGGAAUAAAAAGAAUAAUUCCAUUGA